UCGAGCGACCUGGCCAACUUUUUCCGUAGUUGGUUUUCCUUAAACUUCUCCAUUUUAUGUGGGGUAAUAACAAAAGAGACACGCAAAUGGGCACUGCAACACGUAUAAAAUGUGAAGCAAAGUACUAAUGGCCGACCAACCGGACCGACCCGUGACCCCGUUAUCUUGCCCGGAGCAACUUCCUUUCAAAGACUCCCGAGGGAACCGGCGGCCCACGUGCGAGGUGGAGAAUGGCGGUGAGAGGAGACCGCGGAGGAGAGGGCAAUGUGAAACAAACCUCCAGAUCCUGUUGGACAUAGGUCCAGUAUCUUCAGACAGCAAGAAAAAAAAUCCUGUGAUGAGAUCGAAACCAGUGGAGCCACAUUUGCCCAUGCUCAGUGCAGUGGACGAUGAAAUAAAGUUUGACAGAAAAAAAUCUCAACCCAGCCAGCUUUCAAAGACAAAUGCACAGUACCAUAAGUUAUUUAAAGAAGUAAGCAAAGAUGAACCACUCAGGCAAAGUUAUACAUGUGCUCUUCAAAGAGAUAUUUUAUACCAAGGAAAAAUGUUUGUCUCUGACAACUGGAUCUGUUUUCACUCCAAAGUUUUUGGCAGAGAUACUAAGAUUGCUAUCCCUGUUUUAUCUGUCACAUUUCUCAAGAAAACAAAGACCGCUCUACUAGUGCCCAAUGCCCUUGUGAUAGAAACUGCACAUGAACAGCAUGUCUUUGUGUCUUUCUUGUCACGUAACACAACAUUUAAACUCCUGAAGUCCAUAUGCAACCAUCUGGAGGUGGACAAGGUGUGUUGCAGCCCAGUUAUUUCCUGCCCCUCACCUCUUCCUCUGGAUUUUUCGGGAGACUUAUCAGACUUGGAUGGAGUUGUGCAGCAGCGGCGUCAGGAAAUGAUGGAGAGUAGCAGCUCUGGAUCACAGACUCCGGACUCUGAUAAAAUGACUGAAUUUCCUGUUCUUCAAGACUCUUUCUUAAGUGCAGUGAAGAGUGGUGACGUCUCAGUUCAUGCAGAUAUUCACCUUCAAUCUCAAAGCCAAAAACAUGGAGCUACAUUAAAAAACAGUUCUCCCAAGACAGGACGGCCCAUGCCCCAUAACUCGAAAUUCUCUCAGCAUGUGCCAUUAAAUGCCAUUCUUUUCAUGUAUUUAUUUUUAGUAAGUGUCCUUGUCCUCUCAUCCUGUUACAUGGCAUUUAAGAUUGUGGCUCUUGAGCAUCGCUUGAAUUCCUUGUUGUCAGUGGGAGAGCGUAUUCCCCACAAACCACAGGAUGACAUGAGUGCUGAAAUAUAUGGGGAGCUUUCUACAAAUUUGUUCAAGUUAGAAAAGAUUCAAAGAAACCUCCAGAAGCUGCUUGAUGAAACAUGACACUUCACUGUGUAGACUGCAGACUACUGUUUAAGAUUUUUAUUGUCUUUUUAGACAUAAUUAGGAUGACAGCCUUUUAAACUACAGUCAGUUGUAAAUGUGCAAGAUAAGGAUUUCCCGUCAUUCCCUAAAAACUUGCUGGUCUCCAAAAGAGGUUUGUUGUGCGAUUGUUUUAACAUUGAUAUUCUAACAUAUGUGAACAUUUUAUAAUGUACAGUUGAAAAUCUGUUUCUAAUGCUUAAAAGGUCAAUAUACAGUUUUUUGUUUUUUUUUACAACAA